CUCACAAUCAGGAAUAAUGCACUAUUGGAACAGUUCCGCAUUUUGAAACGCUAUCAGUUCGACAGGACUGUUUUCGGGCCAACAGUUGUUACAGUGGAUGGCAAUAAGAUGUUGGACGACGAGAGCAUGGGCUGUCUGCGGUAUCUCUGCUCAUACUGUGAUAUCUUUAAGUGGUCAAAAUGCAGUGCGCUCGAGCCGGUCUCACCUUUCAACUAUGGUCGACUUGUUGAACAAUGUCGAGGAGAAAGGCUCAUCAAAGCACGACCCUACAGUCACUUCAUAUUGCACCUACGUUAUAUGACUUAUGAGCAGUUCAGAGAACUUUUUUCGGAGGCCACCCACAUUCAGUUGGGCUUCAGAAUGAUUCGUGUGCCUUGGACUAGGAUAGAAUUUCCGAAACUCGUCCGAUUAAUCCCAAUAUUCUCAGGUAUCAAUUUUCAUUACUAA